AAAAAUGGCGACAGGAGCCGCAGCCGCGGUAGAUGUAGCUAACGGUGUUUGUCAGUCAUACCUGAAUAAUAAACCUGUGAGGGAGACGAGGGAGCUGGUGGCGGAACUUUGCCGUCACUUCUACACACAGGGAUGGGUGUCCGGCACCGGUGGCAGCAUCACUAUCAAGGUCCAUGAUGAAUCCAUUCCCAAGUCCCAACAGCUCAUCGUCAUGUCCCCUUCUGGUGUUCAAAAGGAGAGGAUGUCUCCUGAAGACAUGUAUGUGCUUUCUUCAGCUGGGUCUAUUAUCUCCGCUCCUUCUCCUAACCCUUAUCCCCAUAAGCCUCCCAAGUGUACCGACUGUGCUUCCCUCUUCAUGAAGGCGUAUGAGAUGCGGAAUGCUGGAGCUGUCAUUCACAGUCAUGGAAUGGAGUCUUGUCUUGUGACAAUGAUCCAACCAUUCUCAAAGGAGUUUCGAAUUACUCAUAUGGAGAUGAUUAAAGGAAUUGACGGGCAUGGUUAUUAUGAUGAGCUUGUGGUCCCAAUAAUAGAGAACACUGCCCAUGAGGGAGAGCUCACCGAAUCUCUUAGUGAAGCGAUUCAAGCUUACCCAAAAACUACCGCUGUUCUUGUUCGUAACCACGGUAUUUAUGUAUGGGGAGACUCAUGGAUCAGAGCUAAAACUCAGGCUGAAUGUUAUCACUAUCUCUUUGAUGCUGCUAUUAAACUUUAUCAAUUGGGCUUGGACUGGUCUACUCCAAGCCAUGGUCCAAUUCAAAGAGUUUUUGGUGGUCAGAGGAAUGUGAAUGCGGGGGUACUGAAUUUUAAUAAUGCACUGGAGCUAUCUUAUCUGCAGCGUUGUAUUAUUCUGGACAUUGAGGGGACGACGACUCCUAUAUCAUUUGUUACGGAUGUUCUUUUCCCUUAUGCCCGUGAUAAUGUGGGAAAGCAUUUAUAUUCAACAUAUGACACUGAAGAAACUCAGGAUGAUAUUAAGUUGCUGCGUGCUCAAGUUGAGGAGGACUUGCACCAAGGUGUUGCUGGUGCUGUGCCCAUUCCCACUAAUGACACAGGAAAAGAUGAGGUGAUAACAUCCUUGGUUGCCAAUGUUGAAGCAAUGAUUAAGGCUGACCGUAAAAUCACUUGCCUGAAGCAGUUGCAGGGUCAUAUAUGGAGAACUGGGUUUCAAAAUAACGAACUGAAAGGAGUAGUUUUUGAAGAUGUAUCAGAUGCUCUUCAGAAAUGGCAUGCUAUGGGCAUCAAGGUGUAUAUAUAUUCUAGUGGAAGCAGGGAGGCUCAACGGCUUCUCUUUGGCAAUUCAAAUUAUGGAGACUUGAGAAAAUUUUUGUGUGGAUUCUUUGACACCACAGUAGGAAACAAAAAAGAAACACGAAGUUACUUUGAGAUCUCACAGUCGCUUGGAGUAGAUGAACCAUCAGAUAUCUUAUUUGUAACAGAUGUCUUUCAGGAAGCCGUGGCUGCAAAAGGAGCAGGUUUGGAAGUGAUAAUUUCUGUCCGGCCAGGAAAUGGACCACUCCCAGAGAAUCACGGGUUUCAGACUGUUCAAUCGUUUGUGGAAAUCUGAGUUCUUCAGUUAUGUAUUUUACUGAAUAAACAAAGAAAGUGAAUAA